UUCAAGCAAACAUUACCGAAGUUUUAUAUCAAGGAGAGACUUCCUGGAGACAACUUACAAAGACGCCUCCUGGAGGCAAGAGACAAAGGAAAGAUAAUCCCCAUUGAAAAUCUCAUUAAGAUGAUUGUGCAAGCAGUCGAGGCAGUCUUGUAUGUUCACAGCUGUGGUUGUCUCAUCAGGGAUAUCACGACGUCAUCCUAUUGCUGCGCUACAACAGACAAUGGCUAUUUUCUUAAGUUGAAAAACUUUGAGAUGGCAGCAAAACCCUCAGAUUUUCCAAGCGGUGGAAUAAUAAGUGGUCUUAUAGAUCUGGAUUUUGAAGGCGUUCCCAUAAGGUGGGCGGCCCCUGAAAGUCUUCUGGAAGGGCAUUACAGUAUAUACAGUGACGUGUGGUCUGUCAACAUUUUAGCAGACGAAAUUCUUAACUAUGCAGCGUGGCCAUACUCGGACGUCAGCGACUCCGAUAUUGACGAUAUGAUUACAAAUAUUGUCUUUACUCAUCUUAAACCCCAAGGAUUUAACCGGCCUCGAAGGGUCCAAGGUUUAAUUUUAGAAGGGCUUGCAACAAUCCCAGAACAGAGGCUAAAACUGGAGGCACUGCGAGAGAGAUUACUGGACAUCUCUAGCAAUAUCAGCGGAGAGGGGAGCUAUACUUUAUACGAUACAUAUUCUGGAGUAGAGGGAACACACGCAAAGGUGUAUGAAAUACCACCCUUGACAGAAAGGCAGAUCAAGGCCAAUUCUGUAUUUGAAAGAAUCCUGUUACCGUAUUUGCAUUGGAAGUAGCAGAAAACAACAAUAAAUUGAAAGAGCAAAAAGGAGUCAAACUGAUGGAAAUAUCCUCUGACGAAUAUUACAAGAUCGAGACUGAGGAUAGAACAAGCACGAUGAAAGUGAUGGAAAAAGUAAGCGAAGACUUUUUGAAAUUUACAUAUAACAGACUGAAGGAAAUCGAUAGCAGUAAAAUGUGUGUAGAACCUUGGCCUCCGGCCAAAAGUGUGUCAGCAGACGGCUCCAAACAGUUGCACUACAAAUUCCCUAGAUCCACACAUCUUCUUGAUAUAGUCCUUCACAGAGAACGGGGUCAAAUGAUUGGUCCAUAUAUUGAACUUCUGUAUGAACUGGCCAAUCACAUUGACUCUUUUCAUACAGCUGGAUGGAUAUUUCGAUGUCUUAGAGCUAAGAACGUCUGGAUUUUAGAGAUAAAGAAACGAGAACAAACAAUAGUUGUGCCAAAAUUUGGUAAAUAUCGGGUGAUAGCGUCGUCUGAGUUCG